GAGAAAUCGGAGCAGUGCUCGUUUGGCCGCGCGGCGAUCACCAUGUUCGGCUUGUACAACAAAAUGCAGGCCCGCAAGGCGGCCGCCGCCGAGGGCCGGCCGUCCGACCUCGAGCUCACCGGCCACGACCGCUUUUGCCAGCUGCAAGCGGCCAAGAACAACAUUCCGCGCCGGCAGAGGCGCCGGGCCGCCUACUGCAGACGCACCCAGUCGGCCGCCGAGUUCGACGGCCGCGCCCUCAGGGCGGCCAUCCACUCCGCCUCCACCCCCAGCCCUGGACACUCGCCCAGGAACAGUCCCAGCAUGUUUGACCCUGAACCACACGACCGCAGGAGUUGGAUGCGAGCCUCCAGUAUGGAGGAGGUGGGGGAGCACUCGAUGCUGCGGGGUGCGGAGGCGGUGGUCGAGAGCAGGCCACGCGUACCAGCGCUCGUGCGUCUUUUGGGCUGCGUAACAAUCAACAACAGCGGUGGCAGCUCCAGGGAGAGCUUGGCCAAUUCUCCACCCUGCGAACCCAGGCACGGCAACGGGCGGUACGAGUACUCGGCGUUGGAGGAUGACGGCCACCAGCAGGAGAGACUGGAAAUGGAGAGCAAGGCGCAGCGCUCGGCCACCAGAGACAAAGCCAAUUUCAAGUGUCAACAGUACCUGUACGGUUCGAACAGAUACGUCUUUGUCGAGCAGCUCAGUGACAUUGGCUCUCGCCUGGAGAAGCACUGGUUUGUGGUGCGGGACACGUCGAUCAAGACGGAGCGACUGUUGAGUCUUCUGCAGGUCAGAAGUUCGAGCAGCCCCCUGAACUACACGCAGGCGAGCAGGGAGACCUUGCAGGACUUGUUCGUCUCCCUGCAGCACCCCUACAUCUACCCCGUGCUGGACGUCGACUUUGCCGAGCUCAGCGGCAAAAAUCAAGUGAUCACGGUGCUGCCACUCAACCAGAAAGGCAGCCUCAAAGACUUCAUUUACAAAAGCAACUGGCAAGAAGACUGGGGAAUGAAGUACGCCCAGCGCAAUUCGGGCAUGCCGGCGGCCCAGGUCCAGAGGAUUGGAAGGCAAAUCUUGGAAGCUCUCAACUUCCUGAAAGAAAGAGGCUUUCCUUCCUACGGCCACCUCCACUCGGGAAACAUCAUCCUGCAAAACGGCGCUGCCAGAUUGACCGGCCUGGAAAACACUCUGCUCGGCCUGUCCUCCAGAGUGCACCCAGUAAUUUGGAGCAGAGCCAGAUCCGAUCCGUCCGCAUUGGACUCAAUUUGUUUUGGACACGUCCUGUUCGAGAUGUGCGCGGGAUACGAACUGUGCACCCCUCAGCCCACGCCAGGCCACUUGUUGGACAUCCAAAAAAACCCACAAGCAAUCAACAUGCUAGAAUACAUUUUCAACAAUCCCAGUGGAAAAAUUCCCUCCAUAAAAGAAAUAGCAGCGUGCGAUUUUUUCAGAAACAUUGACCUGCGGGAAAUGCGGGCAAUGCCUUUACCACAAACCUUUCAACCCAAACUGACUGAGUCGGUAAUUGAAUUGCUCACUGCUGUCAGGCUGCAUCAAUCAGGAAGCAGAAGAAAUUCGAGAGCUCAGUCGGCUUCAACGUACGAGUCGGUGGUGCCAGGAGGUUCGCCAGGUCACAGUCGAAGGAGCAGUGUUUCAUCCUCUUGCAGUAGCACUAGCAGUCCCUCAUCGUCAGCCGCCUCUUCGGAGGCGGGUGCUGCCGCCGUUCGCCAGCAGCGAGCUGCCGCCGGACCCGCCACCCCCGGCCUCGGCCAGCGUGCUGAUGGGGGUGCGCCGCCAGCCGCCCAAGGUGCCCCCGAAGGCGCCCCAGAGGAAGGAGUCGGUCUGCUUGGUGGCUGCCCUGGCGGAUCACCACUCUCGGCCUCCGCCUCCUCCCUUUACGCAACUCCCCACGCUUCAAUGAGCCUGCUGCUGUUGUCCGCCUGCAGCCUGGACACCGCCUCCGUCCUCACGCCCGAUAACGAGGAAAAUUCUGCCAUUCCCGUCGUCGAGGACGAAACGGCUGCCCGGCUGUCGCCCUGCUCCACCUCCAAGGAGCACCGAGGGCUGAGUCUGCAUCUGAGCCACCAGCACGCCGCGCAUGUCCUGCAGCAACGGCCACCCAACGGCCCCGUCAGCACGCCCGAAAAUGCGAAAGCAGUGACCACGUCCUGUCUCACUCGUCGCCUCGCCUCGCAUUAACUUCCUCUCGAAAGUUUCAAUUAAUUCCAUACCUCGAUUCACACACACACCAAGAUGAUGACACUCAAAAGCAACACCCAAGCAGUACACACACACAUGAUGUUUACGUAGUAGUUCGAUAAGUUAGAGCAGCUUUUUAUAAUUAUAUUCUUGUGACAUAUCUGCACGACUCUUUUUCCGCCACACAUAAACACACUGAUGACGAAAUUUUAUACUGUUUGAUUCCUAUCCAUUUUCUCAAGGCACCACGAUUUAUUUUGCAUAUUCAUUUCAUCAAACGUUUUGUUAUAUAGGAAAGUAAAGAUCAGAGACAUUUCUAUGAGACUAAUCGUUUGUGAAGCAACGCAACAAUCAAGAUCUUUAAAGUGGAAUGAGACAGGGCAACCAUUAAAAAUUAUUUGAAUUGUUGGACGCCACAAACAACUGAUCGAUAAACUAUUUGCAACAAUAAAAAAGGACCUUCCUUCAGUAAAAAUUCAAAUUUUGCCAAUUUUCUCCAAAAUUUACUGUGCUCGAACAUAUUUUCUUGGCAUAUUCCGGUUCCUCUCGUCGAGAUCUGUCCAACGGUGUCUGCCACUUAUUGGGGAAACUCUUAGUUUUGAAAUUAAAUCGGAAUUCAAGUAAGGAGACAGCCAUUGCCAUUUGAAAAGCACGCUAACUUUCCGGCCGAUUUUCUCAAAAAAUUACAGUGCUUCUUAGGUCAAUUUAGGCUUUAACUGAAUCCUAAGGGACGAGUUUAUGCAUUGGCAACAAGCAUUUUCCAGGCUUUUGCAAUAUCAUUCCUCUUUAAUUUUUGAAAUAAUCAACUAUAAAAGAAAACAAUUAAAAUUUUCUAAAUUGUUGCCCUGUAUCAAUCCAAAUAAAACACUGAUUCUUUUCGAUGCUUGUAGCUUAUUUGCAUCAUUUCCAAAACUGACAUUGAAUCAUUGAACAGCACAGUCAAUAUUUACUUCUGCAUAAAAACCUUUUACUAACUAAA